UCACUCCUCCAUGGCACCUGGCCCCGGGGCCACGAACGUCUUGAGUCGAACUCAAGGGCUGUAUUUUACUCAAAUUUGAGUUUUUUACUCGAAUCGCUGAGUUGAACUCAAUAAAGUGUGCCACGAAACUUGAGUCUUGUUCACAUAAAGUUUUUUCUAGAGUUUUACUCAAAAUAUCUGGGAUAGCUAUGUAGCUGUCUCAGAAGUCGACUCAACACAAAAAUGGCUGCCAGGCGCAUGAUUAUGAGAAAUAUUGUAAGAGUACCUCGUCGUAUGCAGGAUCGGACAAACCCACUGGAAUCUUUGACGGAGGAGGAAAUUUUCAGCAGAUACCGUUUUAGAUCCGCCACCAUUAUGUUUAUUUGCGGUGUUUUAGAAAAUGGGUUAAAACACAAAACAAAGAGAAGUUCGCCUCUUCCUACCCUACUGCAAGUGCUUCUGGCCCUGCGGUUCUAUGCCACUGGUGCCUUUUAUCAGCUGAUUGGGGACUCCCUUGCAAUCUCGAAGUCGGCAGCAGGACGGGCAGUUCGAGGAGUUACCUCCCUCCUGUGCAAUUUGACAAGGCAAUACAUUCGUUUUCCGUCAGUUCCUGAAAUUGCCGAGAUACGUACAAAAUUUUACUGUUUAGCAGGCUUUCCGAAUGUGGUUUGCUGUGUCGACGGUACUUUGAUCCGUAUUAGAUGUCCAUUGCAAAAUGAGGCUGAGUUUGUUUGCAGGAAAGGAUAUUACGCUUUAAAUGUUCAGAUGGCCUGUGAUGCAUCUUUCCGUUUCGUAAAUUGUGUUGCAAAAUGGCCUGGGAGCGUUCACGACUCACGUGUUUUUAAAGAGUCGUCUCUUGCCAGAUUGUUUGAGACUGGUGCCCGCACAGGAUUAAUACUGGGAGAUUCGGGUUAUGCGUUAAGGAGGUAUUUGAUGGUUCCGUAUCUGGUUCCAUCGAGCAGAGCCGAGGAGAAAUUUAACACUGCUCUGUGUCGCACUCGGGUAACAAUAGAACAGGCUUUUGGAAUCUUAAAAAGAAGGUUUCCAUGUCUCCAGAUAGGAUUACGAGUUCAACCCGAACAAGCAUGUGAAAUUGUUGUUGCCUGUGUUGUUCUUCACAAUCUCGGCAUCGAGCGACAAGACAUCAUUGAUGUGCCCCCUGUGACUGGACAAAUAGUUGAUGAAGCUGUGUUGCCGACUGAUGCAGGACGCAAUGAGGGAAAGGCAGUUCGAGACCACAUAGCCCGUACUUUUUUUGGAAAUUAAGCAGAAAAUAAAAAGAAACGUUAAAAUCAGCCCUUUCUGACUUUUUGCUGCGCAGGAGUUUUGAGUACUGGAGAUACAUGUAGCUGAAGUUGUGGAGUUAGAGGCAGACUCUCCA